AUGCACCUCUCUACUUUCCUUGCCUGUUUCCUUGUCACUGUGGUUCCCGCGUGGGCACAGCAAAGCGAUGCUAAUUCCAUGGUCACUGCCAACUCCUCAUCCUUGAUUCCCGCAGCUUCCAGCUCGUUGGCAUCGGCUUCGUCAGAAUUGUCCCGGUCUCUCGCUUCCGUCUCCAAGUCUGCCGCCUCUGUUGCCGAGUCUGCCUCCAAAUCAGCCGAAAAUGCCCAGAGCUCCAUUGCUGAGAGCUUCAGCUCGGCAAAGUCUGCGUUCUCAGCUAGUCUUUCAAGUCUAAGCUCUGAAGCUGCCACUGGCAACACCGCCGCCGCCGCCACACUCAUGUCUCUCACCUCUGCCGCUUCAGAUAUCCUCGGUAGCAUCACCACUGAUGCGGCCAGUGCAUUGAGUGCUGUCACUAGUCAGGCCGGCUCUAUCACGGCAGCUGCAUCUUCCCACGUCAACUCAGUCGUUUCCUCUGCUACUGCGACCGCGUCCACCACCACCAACAAUGCCGCUGCUCUCUUGCCAACUGGAUUUGGUAUUGCCGGGGCUGCUUUGUUGGGUCUUGCUGCCUUUUUGUGA